AUGGCGCGUAAUCCGGCCAUUGACCCUCCGCGACUCGCUCCACCCGCGAAAGCCUACUCGACCUCUUCGUCGUCACCCACGCACUCACGAUCUCCUUCCCCAUCGCGACGCAACCGCAAUCACUCGCAGUCCGACGAUCCUUUGGGCCGCGAUCUUUCUCCGACACGUACCUUGAGAGCAUUCACCUCGACGCUGGGAAGCGAAGAGAGCAAGAGUCACGCCGCCCUAGUACGCUUGAUCGAGAAAGCAUCGACUUCGGAAAGAGCCUUUGGCAUCAGGAUAGCUCAGACGUGCAAGGACAUCAAAGCCUGGCACGCCGAACUGCAACAAUGGCCCUGGACUGGCUCCUUCGAGCCUCCCGCCCAUGCCGCACACGCCGCCGAGGGCCCCUACUGGGGCAGCCUUCGCGAAAGCCAAGUUGUAGCAUAUGAGCAACGUAUCCAGGACAUCCGCGAAGCCUUGUUCGACCUGGACGUCGACGAGCUCAAAGACUAUGUCCUCUCCCAACACGUCCAGCCAAAGACGUCCGACUACGAGCUCUACGAACGUCUCGACGACUUUACAGCCUUGAUCACUGCCACCAUCCUCCGUGCUCUGCCCGAUCUCUCACGCUUGGAUCGCUUGUUGGACACUUGGUCGAUGCGCGUUACGCUGCUGCGCAAGGUCCCUGGCUAUCUUAGAGGCCUUGAUCAAGCCAGGACUGAUCUGGAUAAUGCGUGGUCUGCCAUGACCCAACAUCUUCGAGACGCGAACGAUGCAUCUGCCAUGCGCAACGCUUUCCAAACGACUCAUGAACAACUGGAGUCCCGCAUGGGUAAGGUCGGUGGACGACUUGACUCCAUGUUGGACGAUCUCGAAGGACGCGACGAAACACUUCCGGAUGCCUGGAUUGACACGUUUGAAUCGUUAGAAGCGAACUACAGUGACUGGCGCACUCAGACUGGCCGCCACAUUGCUGGUCAGAACGUGCCUCUGCUUGUACCUACUAGGCAAACCAAGGCUUCUAUUAGUGCAGCUAUUCGUGACGUCUCUCCACCCUCUGUCAAUUAUUCUGACCACGAAGAACAACCCCCUGGUGUACAUGCUACCCCAGAGCCGAACAUGUCUUCAGAAGUUGACUCGAACAUCGCUUUGCCGUUGAAGGGAGGUUUCACUGGACCCAUAGAUCAUGGUGACGAGCAUUCUCAUGUCCAACUGGUUGAGAGCCCUAUCCUAGGCACGGGCUCUACAUUCUUACCAGAUCUGGAUGAAACUUCUGACAUCGAAAGCGACAACGUCUCUCAAGACCUAAAGAAGGUACCCGUGGCGUCAAUCGAUACUGCUCAGCCAGCUGUGUCUGCCGCCGAUUCUCUCCACCGAGCUGGCAGCCUAAAGUCAUUGUCACCAAGUAUUGCGCGCUCUCGCCAUGUGCCUAUUGUUGUCAAUUACAAUGAAGCUGCACUGCCAAGCCCUUCAUCCUCAAUUGCACCAACCCCCAUCCUAGGAUCUCCGACGAUUGCCGCUGCGACGUCUCCAGCACCAACCUUGGAGCAGGUUUCUCCGGCUAUAAAUAGUGUUCGUGCCAGGGCAGCUUUCCUAAAUGGAGGCAUCGAGCGUACCCAAUCGCUGCAAAAGUCUGUCAAUAGUCCUGUCCGACCCUUUGAACAUGCCUCCAUGGCUUUCACAAAGCUGUUCAACAAGACUAACAAUGCUUCCAAUGGCACUCCUACUCAUUCCAGGACCAGCUCUACUUCCAGCCGAGCAAGCAACCGCAAAGGUCUAGGCCUAGGCCUCAAAAACCACGAGGGCUUCCGUCACUUCCACCGCUCUUCUUCUCUGACAAUGGCCACCCAACCUGACAAAACUGGUGGCAGAGUUUUAACAGAUGAAUCACAGCUACCUGUGCAAUCCUCGUCACCACCAGCCCCGAGACUGGAUUUCGCUUCAGAACAAGCUGCCGGGACCCGUGCUGUCUCUCAGCCUGCGCGUAUGAACAUUCCAGAAGACCUCGGAAGACCAAUGGAUGCAUUCGUCACACCAGAGAUCGAACAAGACUACUUUCCCUCUACCGAGAACAGCAAAUCAACACUUGACUCGAACUGGAGUUCACCAGCACCCAGUGAAUUUCCAGAGAAUUGGCCCUUACCUGUCAGAAUCUACGAUGAUGAGAUUCAUACGCCCAAAGAUCCAAUGGGCUCUGAUGUGUUUGAGAAGAUGUUCGUCGACAGUUUACCUGGAACACCACAGACCAAGUCUCGACCACCAUCACAGGAAAGCAACCCAUUCGAGAACAUGUUCAGACGGAAACGUUCAACAUCAAAGGAACCGCUCUUCGAUGAUGCGAUGCUCAGUGACAUAUCUCAACAUAGACCUCGCAGCGGGCAAUCAUCACCUGUUGGUUCGAGACCGCGACAAAUGUCUAGGCCGAGCACUACAAGCUUACCUUUUGAGCCUAUCACAGAGCUUCCAACACCUGGGUCGUUCGACGCGACCCCUGAGCUUCAAGAUGCUUCAUCCGCAGGCUACUUCAGGGCGAAGCAGGUACAGACAUCACCAGGAAUCAGGACGUCGCCGAUUCCCAGGAGCAAUACUUCGUGGAGUAAUUUCAGUUCAAUAGGAGCUGGACACGAUGAGGUCCUCGAAGAACCCGACGAGCGCAACGUUGACCACAGCUCUACCAAGAGGCGUUCGAUGAUCAAGAGAGCUUCUGUGACUUCAAUCGAAGCCCACCCGAGAUCAGAGCUGACCACAAUCGAGAUACCUGUUAUGUCCAGACGAUCUAGUCUCUCAUCUCCACUCACGGCCAAGCUAGUCAAAGAACAACCAAUGGAUGACCUACAUGACGACCAGGAGGAUUUUGGUGGUACACCGCCUGCCUUUGGACUGCCUCCCCCAACAAUGCGUUCAGAUACAGAGAGAAGCAACAUUGCCAAAAGUGUUGGAGCUUUGAAACCGCCUCCACUGAAUCUUGAGGUUCACAAGCGUCGUUACGUUGUCGAGCCGGAAGCUACGCCUAGAGCUUCAGAAACUAACCGCAGUAUCUCUCAGCCUGAGACGGCUAGAAAGGGACACACUCGUAAUACAUCCAAUACCGAGCAGCUGGAUCGACAUGUCAGCCGCGUUCUAAACACUCUGCCAUCUCGUAUCGCAUUUAAACCCUCCCUCUCGCUUCCAUCACGUGAGCCAUCUCCUGCGCCAAGUACUGCUCCUGGUCCUGCUCGACCACGUCCCGUUUUGUCAAGCAAGCCCGCUCGUACGGGGCUCACGCUGUCAGCCGCCCAGUCUGAGUUGACAUCUAGAAGGUUGAACGCAAACGAUGCCGACGGCAAGAUGUACUAUCUGACACAAGAAGGGAGAGAACAACCCAUCAAGCUAUUUGUCCGCCUUGUUGGUGAGGGCGAACGGUGUAUGGUACGUGUAGGUGGCGGUUGGGCCGACCUAGGCGAAUAUCUGCGCCAAUACGCGGAGCACCACGGCCAUCGUACUUUUAGUGACGGUAAGCUGGAAGUGGGCAGCAAACGUGUUGGUGGGGGCACGAAGAUUCGCACCCCACUUAGUAGACCCGGAAGCGUUCUCGAUCGCCCAGACAGCAGUAUGAGUUUCCGCAGUCGCUCUUCCUUUGGUGCUGCUGGGGCUCCGAUGCCAAUAGACAUGCUGCAUAGCAGUCCUUCGGCCACGACCCAGCCCAUCGAUCUCACACCCACCACGGCCCGCAACGGUGCCUACCACACCNCCACUGGCUCUGUCAAAAGCUUCAAGAGUUCUUCACGCCCGUCUACCGCCGACACAUUCUUGAAUGCCUCUCCAUCAUCAUGGUCAGGCCAGGAGAUUGGCCUUGCAGGUCCGUCAGCCAAACACUCGCGCGGCAACCGCGAGCUCGAUGAGCAAAAGGCACGCUGGGUGGAGGAAAUGAUGACUCGAGCCAAACAGGCCAGCAGCGUUGAGAGAAAGAAGAGUGAGCCCGACCGCGCCGCUUGGGCAGACAUGGGCAAAGUCGGUGGCACGAGACGUAUGAUUUUCCGACACAAGUCCAGUGGUGAGAAUGGUAGUGGCUAG